CCGAUGCCCGACUGAACCACCUCUUGGGAAGUUGGUUUCCAGAUACUCGUCCGAUUCUCCUCUUGUUUGAUGACACCAAAAGCUGCUUCGGCAGUUGGUUCUGGAACUUGCUUCAACAGCUCCCGCCGGAGACUAUCGUAGCGUUCAUCCAAGCCUCCCAAGAAUUGUUCUUGAAAGAAGCUGGAUGGGCGGAUAGUGGACGGAUGAUAGCCUGCACGCAACCAAGGCGAUUGGCAGUUCAGUCAGUCGCUUCAAGAGUUGCUGAAGAGAUGGGCGUUAAACUUGGGGUAGAAGUUGGUUACACAAUUCGCUUUGAAGAUAUUACAGAUGCUGAACUAACACGGAUAAAAUUUCUCACUGAUGGAGUCUUGCUAAGGGAAAUGAUGGACGAUCCUCUAUUAAGCAAGUAUAGUGUUAUCAUGGUAGAUGAGGCUCAUGAACGGUCUCUUUCAACGGACAUUUUGUUAGGUCUCCUGAAAAAGAUUCAACGGCGUCGGCCUGAGCUUCGCCUCAUCAUCUCAUCUGCUACAAUUGAGACUAAAUCAAUGGCUGCCUUCUUUAAUAGCAGCCGAAGGCUUCAAGGACGAGAUGUUGAAGGACAUGGACCGGAGAAAGAGUCUGCUAUUCUCUCUGUUGAGGGUAGAGGAUUCAAUGUGCAAACCUUUUAUAUUGAGGAGCCGGUUUCAGUUUAUAUUCGAGCUGCAGUUUUGACCAUACUUUCUAUUCAUGAUAAGGAGCCAAUGGGAGACAUUCUUGUAUUUCUUACUGGUAAAGAUGAUAUUGAUGCUGCAAUGCAGUUGCUUGCGGAAGAUUCUCAUCACAGAAACCAAGGACUGAUUGUUUUACCUCUGUAUUCUGGACUGCCGCGUGCUGAUCAGGAUCUUGUGUUUUCUCCUACUCCUCGCGGGAAGAGAAAAGUGAUAAUAUCGACAAAUAUAGCAGAGACAUCCUUAACAUUGGAGGGCGUUGUCUAUGUCGUUGACUGUGGGUUCUCAAAACAACGGUUCUAUUAUCCUAUAACUGAUAUUGAAAAUCUGGUCGCGGCUCCAAUAUCAAGGGCUUCAGCCCGACAACGGGCUGGAAGGGCUGGAAGAGUUAGACCAGGAAAGUGUUACAGGCUCUACACUGAAGAAUAUUAUGUAAAUGAGAUGUCUUCUGAUGGUGUUCCGGAGAUACAGAGGUCAAACCUUGUUUCCUGUAUUAUUCAGGAUCCGAUGGUUUCAAAAAUGAUUUUAGCUUCAAAUGAUCUUGGCUGUUCUGAAGAAGCCAUCACUAUUGCUGCUGUGUUGUCCUUACAGUCGAUCUGGUAUUCAACCAGGGGAUCAGAAAAGGAAUUGGAUGAGGCCAAGUUGAGAUUUGCUGCUGCUGAGGGUGACCAUAUUACCUUCUUAAAUGUGUAUAGAGGAUAUGUUGAGUCUAAUAAAUCUUCGAGUUGGUGUCACAGGAACCACAUAAACUACCAUGCAAUGAAAAAAGUUGACGACGUUCGAAAACAGUUGAGAAGAAUAGCACAACGUUUGGGCAUAUCCCUUAAAUCUUGUGACCACGAUAUGCAGGCAGUGAGGAAGGCAGUUACUGCUGGAUUUUUCUCAAACGCUUGUUGCGUAGAAGCCUUCAGCCAUAACGGUGCAUACAAAACUAUACGAGGUUCACAAGAAGUCUAUAUUCACCCUUCGUCUGUAUUAUUCAGAGUAAAUCCAAAGUGGGUGAUCUACCAUUCUAUUGUCUCGACUGAGCGUCAGUACAUGCGCAAUGUCAUCACUAUAGAACCCUCGUGGCUGCCAGAGGCUGCUCCGCACCUCUACCACCGCCAACAGCUUCAUCCUAGAUUGCAUUCCUAGUGUUCCUUUGACAAUAAAGCUUAUGCCGUAUCUGUGCUCCUUUCGGUUGCUCUCUCCCGCCAUUUGUGAUCGUUUGCCUGAAGAUGUAUGCAUUGCGCCUCAGUGAAAGAG